UCUACGACAAAUACUAAAGAACCACUGUUGGCAUUGCCUGCCACCGCGGAAGAAACUGUUCAAGUUGAUGUAAAUGACACGUAUAAACUUAAAGAGCUUGGCCCUGUGGUUGUAAACGAAGACGGCUCAUUAAGUCGAAUCAACAACUGGCAUGAAAUGGCAGAUAUCGAGAAGGCAAAUGUC